AGCUCUAGAAGCCGCCCGAGCGGCAAAGCCCGCCCUCUUUCCACCCCACCAAGCUACCUCCUUUAGCCUGCAAAACGUCCGUGGGGACCACUAGAGCCGGAUUUCAGAAGCUCUCGGCGUGGAGCGAUGCUGCCGCGGUGGGAACUGUCCUUUUACCUGUUAGCGUCCGUAGGCUUCCACGUCUAUUCUUUCUAUGAAGUCUACAGAGUCUCCAGAGAACAUGAAGAGGAACUGGACCGAGAAUUUGACCUGGAGACUAGCACUUUAUUCGGAGGAUUAAAGAAGGACCCAACCGACUUUGAGUGGAGCUUCUGGAUGGAGUGGGGGAAGGAGCGGCUGGUGUGGCUAUUCCUUGGCCACAUGAGCGUGUCUCAAGUCGCCAACCUGCUUUCGAGGAAGCACAAGCCCUGGAUCCUCGCAGUCUAUGGGAUGUGGGCCUGCCGAUGCGUGCUGGGGACCCAAGGCACCGCCGUGGUGCUUAUUCACACCACCAUCGCCUUUUGUGUCGCUCAGUUCCGCUCUCAGUCCCUAUCGUGGCUGUGUUCUCUCGCUCUGCUCUCUACACUGAGACUGGAAGAUGUGGAGGAAGUUAAGAGAGGGUGGUACGAGACGGAGAGGGAGUACUGCUUGCUGCAGUUCACGCUGACCGUGCGCUGUCUGUGCUACACCAGCUUCGGCCUGGAGCUGUGCUGGCGGCCCCCGCCGGCCGAGCGGCCCUUCCGCUACCUCCCCUGGAUGCUCGCCUACGUCUUCUACUACCCGGUCUUCCACAACGGGCCCGUCCUCAGCUUCCCGGAGUUCGUCACGCAGAUGCGGCAGCAGGAGCAGAGCCCGCCGAAGACCAGCCUCUCCAUCCUUGUCUUGGGGCUGGGCCGUCUCCUCUUCUACUGGUGGCUGGCAGAGCUGAUGGUUCAUCUCAUGUACAUGCACGCCAUCUACAGCAGUGCCUCCCUCCUGAGGGCCGUCUCCAGCUGGACCUUAGGAGGACUGGCGCUGGCCCAGGUGCUCUUCUUCUACGUGAAGUACUUGGUGCUCUUUGGUGUCCCGGCCCUGCUCAUGCGCCUGGAUGGACUCACGCCGCCGCCCCUCCCUCGCUGCGUGAGCACCAUGUUCAGUUUCACGGGGAUGUGGAGGCAUUUUGACGUUGGACUACAUGAUUUCUUGGUUAGGUACGUGUACAUCCCCGCGGGUGGGUCCCAGCAUGGCCUGCUGGGGGCCCUCUUCUCCACUGCGAUGACGUUCGCAUUUGUGAGCUUCUGGCACGGCGGCAACGGCUACCUGUGGUGCUGGGCCACCCUCAACUGGCUGGGGGUCACCGUGGAGAACGGCGUCCAGAAGCUGGUGCAGAGGCCGCACGUCCAGCACAGCUUGGCCCAGUUCCUCUCCCCAGGAGCUCGCCGGCGACUGCACGCUGCUCUUGCCUCUUGUUCCACCUCCAUGCUGAUCCUGUCCAACCUGGUGUUUCUCGGGGGCAGUCAAGUCGGGGAAAUCUACUGGGAUAGGAUCUUCAUACAAGGCUGGCCGUGUGUGACCCUGUCUGUGCUGGGAUUCCUGUACUGCUACUCCCACGUGGGCAUCGCCUGGGCCCACAUGUACUCUGGCAACUAACUGCGCUGGGCCUAGGUCCGCCCUUGUCAUUGGUUUCCAGGGCACACGGUGCUCCACCGUCACCUCGAACCUCAAGGUAACCUCCAGGGGACCUGCUCAUCUUUUGUUGAAGUUACCUCACUCCAAGACUGGAAACUUGAGCUCUCGUAACUUUGGGAACUUAGAGAUCCUCUUCCCAUCCUCCUCCUUUGCCUAUAGAGUAAGCUGGACCCCAAGCAGUAAAAUGUCUUGCCUAGCCAUAGAUGGUGAUGUUGUGGUCCAGACCCCAGGUUCUUUGUCCUUUACCGAGAAUUAAAUGCAACAGACGUUUCUUGAUUGAGGCAUAUAAAUUCUGAUUAGUGAUAGGCCUGUCUUCCACUGGGCAGUGUUUCUGAAACAUGUUGGGUCAGUGGCCUUUAAGUGGCCCCUUCCCUGCUUCCUGUAGUGCAGUUUGUAGAACCAGCACUGAGGGUAGCAUCACAUUUUAGCUCCUUGGCAGGGGCGUGACAAAGCCACAGCUGUGUUGCUAACACUGGGUCAAGGGAGAUAGAAUAUAGAUGUCAGUACCUAAGGAGGGCUGUUACUUGAGUUCAUCAUUCAUUAGGGUGAUCUCCAUUUGGUUGCUUGUUCCCUAGAUCUGUAGGGAAGUAUAAACAGAGCAGUUCCUCUACCUGACAGUUAAUUAUUUCCUAGUAAAGAAGUAUAAUUAAAAAAAAAAACCCACAGGGAAUAGUGUAUGACAGACAGGUGCUACAGGGCAAGUCAAAGAGGGUAAAGAGGACUUCCUGUGGUCUCUCCUCUCUCCAUGUGGGUCCCAACAUCCUCUUCCCCUGAGUGGUUCAUCCUCAGUGGUUUAUGUUGUUUGUUUCCAAUAAAAUGGAGCCCUUCCUGUCAUACCGAUACUUCAUAUUUUUGUAAAAUUGUCUUGAAUAUUUUUUGAAGAAAAUGUUUAAAGUCAAAACACACUUAAUUCUGAAUUAUUCACUCUUCUGGAAGGAUGCUAACAGGCCACUAAUGGCCUCAAGUGGUAGAUAAUUCAGAAUACUUUCAUUUGGCUUUGCUUUUUUUUUUUUUUUUCCUGAGGGGUAGAGGGUAAGUGAAGCAGCUCUAAAAUUUGAAUCCAUAGUGUACCCAAUUAUGGGAGAAUAGAACAACAUCUCAAGCACAGGAAUUAAUUGUCAUUGAGUAAAAGGUGCACGCGGACCUGGUCUGUCCCCACCGUCUCCUGUUAGUCAUUUGGUAUUGUCCUUGUGUCCUGGCUGCGGUUAUUAGCUCAAUGAGAUUUAAACUCCCGGAGUGCAGGACCCAUCAUUUUGCUGGCGUCCUUUCUUCCCGGCCUCUCUCCUUGAAGGCGAGUGGGGAGGGACCAGAUGUGGAUGGCAGGGGGUAGGCACACGCCGUGUUAGCUGCGGCAAAGGACAGAGGCUGGAGGGGGGCGGGCAGACCAGGGCAACAGCGGCCUUGGCAGCUGGCCUGAUGAAGGAGGAGGAGACAGGCUGGCAAGUCCAGGUGCUGGGAAGUUUUCAGGAGAUGAGGUUGAGAAAGGGUGAGCAGUCAGAUAAAUACAGUAAAACUUCAGGGACUCUUAACACUAACUCAAGAUUUGUAAUCUGCCAUCUCCUCCUGCAGAGGACCUUCCUGACUCAGGGGUCGAACACAGGUCUCUUAGCAUCUCCUGUACUGGCGGAAGGACCCUUUACCACUUCACCACCUGGGAACCCCAUACAUUAGACAUUUCCCUGCAAUUAUCUUCACACGAUUUUGUUCCUCUAUAAACUUCAGUUAAAAGCCUGGGGUCGCAAAGAGUCAGACAUAAUUGAGCAUGCACACACACGUUUAAUAUAUGUGUAUAUAUAAAUAGUAUAUAUAUGUGUUUAGUUGCUCAGUUGUGUCUGAUUUUUUUGUCACCCCAUGAACUGUAGCCCGUCAGGCUCCUCUGUUCAUGGGAUUCUCCAGGCAAGAAUACUGGAGUGGAUUGCCAUUCUCUUCUCCAGGGGAUCUUCCUGACGCAGGGAUCGAACCCGGGUCUCCUGCAUUGCAGGCAGAUUCUUUGCCAUUUGAGCUACAGGGAAGUCCUUAUAAACAUAAAUAAUGCAAAGUAUUUUCAACUCUUUGGAGAUGCCAUUUUUAUAAAAACAAAUAGGCUUAUUUACUCAUUUAAACUAUACUGGAAGAAUAAGUUAAUGAAUUUGAAAGUAAUAAUCCUGAAUUUCUUUUAAGCUAUUAUACGACUGAGUGGUUCUCAGGAAUGAGCCCAUGAUUGCUGUGUUUAGCUAUGUGUUUGAGGCCUAAUUAACCAAUGUGUGAAUAACCAUCCAGGACCACUGUUAUCUUAACCUCUUGCUUUUCUCCCACUGUAAUAUGAAAAUGAUAAUGUCUGUUUUCAUGCAUAUGAACUCAAAUUCUUGGAGUUGCUUUAAAUGAAGGACUCCUGAGGUGUCUGAGCAGACACAGCAGCUCCAGCUGAAGGACAUCUGACGUGUCACUUUCCAUACUUAUCAGCCCUGGGCAACUUCAAGCACAGGACAGCGACAGGUCCCAAGGUCACUUCUAGCCCCAGGAUCCUCUGACUCCAGCCUAGUUCUGUGGGCACACCGGAGCGUUCCAGGCACGAUUGCCAUGAUGAUUUCCAAGGAGGCAAGGAAAACAUCUGAAGGACAGCCAAAUAUUGGUCGUCUUGACUAAUUCCUGGGACCAUGCAUGAAGAUGGAAAAGUAUUUCAUUGUUUCCUCAGAUUAAUUUAUUUGAAAAGUGACAGCAGAAGCCCUUUGUUCUUAAUAGUAAAGACUGUAGACUUAGAAAAUAAAUUAAUCAUAUAAUAUG